AUGUCCAACUCAAAUAAGAGCAAAAAGGACAAAGAGAUCCUUGCGGACUAUGAGAGUCAAGUAAAAGAUGUGCGAGCCCAGCUGGUAGAGCAGCAGCGCUGCCUAGAGCAGCAGACUGAGAUGCGCGUGCAACUCCUCCAGGACCUGCAGGACUUCUUCCGCAAGAAGGCAGAGAUCGAGACGGAGUACUCCAGGAACCUGGAGAAGCUGGCCGAGCGCUUCAUGGCCAAGACGCGCAGCACCAAAGACCACCAGCAGUAUAAGAAGGACCAGAACCUUCUGUCACCCGUCAACUGCUGGUACCUGUUGCUCAACCAGGUGAGGAGGGAGAGCAAGGACCACGCUACUCUAAGCGAUCUCUACUUGAACAACGUCAUCAGCCGCCUCACUCACAUCAGCGACGACUCGGCCCGCCUCCUCAAGAGGAGUAAGGAGAUUAUCUUUCAGCUUCAAGAGGAUCUCAUGAAGCUUCUCAACGAGCUUUACACCGUGAUGAAGAGCUACCACAUGUACCACGUGGAGACCAUCAACGCCGAGACCAAAUUGCGCGAGGCCGAGCGCCUGGAAGGUCGGGCCAAGGGCGGGUCGGGCGGUGCGGCGGAACCCGUGUUCGGCCUGCGCAUCGAGGAACGCCACCAGAGACGAAACGCCGCCCGCAAGAUGGAAAAAAUGCGCGAGAAGAGGAAGGCAAAGUAUUCGGAGAACAAAGUAAAGACGCUGAAGGCACGCAACGAGUAUCUGCUGACUCUGGAGGCCACCAACGCCUCGGUUUUCAAGUACUACAUCCACGACCUGCCCGACAUCAUAGACUGUUGUGACUUAGGGUACCACGCAAGUCUGAGCCGGGCUCUGAGGACGUACUUGUCGGCGGAACUCAGCCUGGAAGCAUCCAGGCGCACCGGCCUGGAGGUUCUUGAAGGUGCCGUGGAGGGUCUGGACCCCGCCCGCGACCGCCAGCGCCUCCUGGGUCUCUACCCCGCCGCCUUCUGUCCCCCGCCGCGCUUCAGCUUCCAGGCCCACAUGGGCGACACGGUGAGCCAGAUCGCUUCCCAACCUCAGGUGCAGGCGGAACUCACCCUUCGCCUUACGCAGCUGCAGACACGCUUGGCAUCGCUGAAAAUAGAGAACGAAGAGGUGAAGAAGACGUGGGGUGCCACUCUGACCACUCUGCAAGACAUGACGGUGCUAGAUGACUACGAUGUUUCGCAAAGCUUCACCCACAGUCCGUCAUCCGAGUCGGUGAAGUCCAGCGUGUCCGACGGUUACCUGAACAAACCCAGUCUGGCCAAGAGACGAGCCAACCAGCAAGAGACGGAACUUUUUUACUUCACCAAAUUCCGCGAGUACCUGGAGGGGAGCAACCUCGUCUCCAAGCUCCAAGCCAAACACGACAUCCUCAAGAAAGCCAUAGCAGAAGGCUACAAAGCAGAGCUUCUCACCACCAGUCGUGGGCGGAAGAACUCGCACAGCAAGCACCAGGAUUCAACCAAAGCCAUACCUCUGCUGGUAGAGAGCUGCAUCCGCUACAUCAACUUGCAUGGUCUCCAGCAUCAAGGCAUAUUCCGGGUGUCCGGUUCUCAGGUGGAAGUCAACGACAUCAAAAACACCUUCGAGAGAGGUAACGACCCGCUGAUCGACGAGGAAUGCAACCACGAUAUCAAUUCAGUGGCCGGUGUCUUGAAGCUGUACUUUCGCGGACUGGAGAACCCGCUCUUUCCCAGCGACAGGUUUAACGACCUCAUCGCCUGUGUCCGGAUGGAAAACCUUUACGAACGAGCUCAGUGCAUCCAAAAGAUUCUCCUGGGUGUUCCGAGGGCCACGCUCGUGGUAAUGCGCUACCUCUUCGCCUUCCUCAACCACCUGUCCAAAUACAGCGACGAGAACAUGAUGGAUGCGGGCAACCUGGCCAUCGUUUUCGGCCCCACCCUGCUGCCUACGCCGGACACCCUGGACCAGGUGGCCUGCCAGGCGCACGUCAACGAGGUGAUCAAGACAGUCAUCCUCCACCACGACAACAUCUUUCCGGAUGCCAAGGAACUGCCGGGACCGCUCUAUGAGACGUGCAUGACCGGAGAACAGUACUGCGAGAGUCCAUUCAGUGAGCCGGGCGCUUUGGAGGAGACUGAGCCGGACGCCGGCACUGAGACCCAGACCAGCGAUGAGGAGGGCGAGGCGGUGGAGGCGGUGGCUAGGUUCGACUACGUGGGCCGAUCGGGUCGCGAGCUCUCUUUCAAAAAGGGUGCCGUGCUGCUUCUCUACCAGCGGGCCUCGCACGACUGGUGGGAGGGGCGGCACAACGGCAAUCGGGGCCUGGUGCCACAUCAGUACAUAGUGCUUCAGGACAGGCGAGUGCCUCCGCCUAAAUGGGGCGACGCCGCGUCAGACACGUCGAGUCAAAAAGCCGACAGUGACGGCGGAAGCAGCAGCACCGAGGACAAGAGGUCCACCCGAGACCUGCGCUCACCCACCGAAAUUCGUCCGCCCGAGGCGUACCACAGUCACAGGAGGAAGCGGACCGACGGUCUGUUCCGCCGUCCCCUGGGCCGCUCCAACGACUGCCACGGCAACGGGGCGGCAUUAGAGCGCGGCUCGCCCCCGGUGACGGGUCACUUCAGUCCCAGGGACCUGCUGCUGGGGCGGAGCCAGGGCCUGACGCCGCCCCUGGACAGCCCGGAACACCGGCGACGCUCGGCCGCCGUCAACGUGAGCGUCGGCCGCCACGAUUCGCUGAGGAGGUCCGAGGACCCGCUCGUUCGACGCUCCGGCUUCGACUCCCAUCGGGCUAGGGCCGCAGAUCCCGGAGCGCUGGCUCAGGAUAUCGAGGAGACUGUGAGCGUGGCGCUGGGGGACUUCCGCCACUCCGACCGCCAGGGCCGCCGGCCGGCUCCGGACGUGGUCCUGGACACGUUGGAGCAGGUGAAGAACGGACCUCCGGCACCCUCUUCCUCUGAGUCCCCGAGCCCCCACAGCACCCCCAGCACGCCGGGCACCCCCGGCACUCCCGGGACGCCGGGCACCCCGAGCCCCUUGAGUCCCGUCAGCCCCCUGCCGGGUCCGCCGGCCCGGCCGGCCAACCCUUCCCCGGACGCGAUGGGCUGCUUUAAGCCGGCGACGGGGGCUCGGACGGGGGUCCCGCUUAGGCCCCCCGCCCUGAGGCCCAAACCCGCCGUGCCGCCUAAGUGCAGCACCCCGCCACUGCCGCCGCCACUUGACAAAUCCUGCACCAUGUGA